CUGCCACCGUUCCUGAGGACCCGAUGCAUUUCCAUAGUGAGGAGGUUUUGGUGUGUCUGAGCUGAAAACAGAUGCGGGAGGGGACACAGAUGUCCAGCAGACCGUGGACACCGUGUCCCAGAUCAUAGCAGAAGUCCCCCCUGGACCAUGGGACUGACGGAGCUGCUGCUCGCGCUGGUCUGGCUCCGCUCGGCUCGGCUCGGUGCAGCAGGCUGCAGUGAACGAGUGGAGGUCCACACUGAGCGGAGGGGGGUCAUCUACAGCCCCUCGUGGCCUUUAAACUACCCCCCCGGUGUCAACUGCAGCUGGCACAUCCAGGGCGGUCAGGGAGAGGUCCUCACCAUCAGUUUCCGUAAUUUCGACGUAGCGGAGUCAGGGAAUUGUCUGGGGGACUGGCUCCUGCUGACUCCAACGAGGAGUGGGGACUCCAGGCUGUGUGGCUCCAUGCUGCCUCCGCCCUUCAUCUCCACCAGGGGGCGCGUUUGGCUCUAUUUCCACUCUCAGGCCAACAGCUCGGGGCAAGCCCAGGGCUUCCGCCUGUCCUACAUCAGAGGUCACCUGGGUCAGAGCAGCUGUCAGUCGGAUGAAUUCCUGUGUGGGAACGGGAAGUGUCUUCCUCGCUCCUGGAAGUGCAACGGUCAGGAUGAAUGCGGCGAUGCCACAGACGAACGCAGCUGCUCCCCCCCUCCCACUGAGGCGGCCUGGCCCCUGCCCUUCGGCUCCCUCCCGUGCACAGAGGCCCAGUCCACCCGCUGUCUGCCUGCUGCCCUGCGCUGCAACGGAGCCCGGGACUGUCCCGAUGGCACAGAUGAGCUGGGUUGCCCCGACACCACCUGUGGCAAACGUCUGGGGAACUUCUACGGCUCCUUUGCUUCUCCAGAUUUUUUCCGGGCUAACAGGACCGCCGUGGCGGAGCUGAGGUGUUCGUGGUCUCUGGACACUCAGGACCCCAAGCCCAUCGUGCUGCAGCUGGACCUGCAGCUGGGGCCCGGAGACUCGCUGCAUGUCUACGAUGGCCUGGUCCAGCAUGCAGAGCACCUCUUACAGGUGUUAUCAUAUCAUAAUAACAGGCGCCCGGCACUGCUGGAGUCCAGUCGGGGACAGAUGAGUGUUUUGUACAUGGCCCAGCCUCACAGCCCUGGACAUGGCUUCAACGCCACAUACCAGGUCAAAGGUUACUGUUUUCCCGGCGAGCGUCCCUGUGGCAGCGAUCAGGGCUGCUACUCUGAACGCCAACGCUGCGACGGCUACUGGCACUGCCCCUCUGGCCGCGACGAGGAGGCCUGUCGGACGUGCCCAGACGGGGAGUUCCCCUGCGAGGGUGGUACUGGGGUGUGCUACCCGGCCUCUGAGCGCUGCAACAACCAGAAGAGGUGCCCGGAUGGGUCGGACGAGAAGAACUGCUACGACUGCCAACCUGGAAACUUCCACUGUGGGACCAACCUGUGCAUCUUUGAGACGUGGCGUUGUGACGGCCAGGAGGACUGCUUGGACGGGAGCGAUGAGAGGGACUGCCUGGCAGCGGUGCCCAGGAAAGUGAUCACGGCCGCCCUGAUCGGCAGUCUGGUCUGUAGUCUCCUGCUAGUCAUUGCUCUGGGCUGUGCCCUCAAACUCCACUCCCUCAGGAACAGAGAGUACAGAGCUUUUGAAACUCAGAUGACUCGCAUGGAGGCCGAGUUUGUUCAAAGAGAAGCCCCCCCUUCGUAUGGUCAGUUAAUCGCCCAGGGUCUCAUCCCUCCGGUGGAGGAUUUCCCAGUGUACAACCCCACCCAGGCCUCUGUGUUGCAGAACCUGCGGUUGGCGAUGCGCAGACAGAUCCGACGUCACUCCACACGGCGCUCCACGACCUCCUCCUCUCGUCGGCGUCUCGGCCAUUUGUGGACUCGUCUGUUUCACAGUGCGGGGCGAACCAGAGGCCACGCCCCGCUGCUCGACUCCCCUGGACCCACACAGAUCACACUGGGGCUCCACAGCUACCGAACUGUGGGUGUGCAGGGGUCCCUGGCAAGGGCCAGGUCUGGAGCUGGGCUGCAGGAUGACUCUGAUGGAAUGGGUAUGCCUGGCUCCUGCUGCUCAGCCACCAUGGACCUGCAGUCAUGCACGCCAGAGAGUCCUGCAUCCCCGCUCUCAUUGCAGUCAGUGGACAGUCCAGAAGAGGAGGAUCUCUCGCCUGUCAGCAUGGGAAGCAGUAGGGCUCCACAGUCUGAGCCCCCCACCCCUGUUCAGAGUAACUUGUCAGCCCAGGAAGCCUCUGUGCCCCCUUGCCACACCCGGGCAUCUAGGAAACUAGUCCUGGAGCUCGCUGUUAACCUGAAGGGUGUUUCCUUGAGACGUUACUCCCCCAUGGGGCCCUUGUCCCCCGUCUCACCCCCUGUGCUUCCCAGCAGCUCCCAGACAGCCCCACCCCACCCUCGCUCCCAGGGGCUGGAGGUGACUUCACCUCUCGAGCCCUUGUCUUCUUCUGUGAAAGCAGAGGACAGCAACAGCCACUUUGCCGUGGAAGUGCCAAGCAGAGAAAUAAGAAGCAGGGAUGAGAGGAGGAGGGAGGGCAAGAGCAGGCUCUGCAGGUUCAGCAGGACCUUCAGUGAUGAGGGGGGAGAUUUAGGGAGGGAGACGACACCAUGCUGAAGAGUUUAGGAAGAUUCUCUCCUGUUGAGACCUUGUGUCAGCAAUAUCUGCUCUGUCCAUUAAAGUGUCCUUUAAAUAUGUCCCUACCAGAUCCAGAGGUGAGACCCGUACCUUAGCCCACCACAAGGAGGAAGUACACAUAUGAUUAGCUCCAUUCAACACUUUGAAUGCACACAAAUCUGCAUAUGCACUAAAUGAUGCAUAUGUAAUUAAAACCAGCGUUGGCAGUGCUUAUGGUCUGUGUAAUACAGUAAAACCCAACACACAGGGGCUAAAUGUUGACUCCCACAGUUAAAUGCAAACAGACAGCCUUGUUUGACGUGUUUGGACAUAAACUCAUCAUGAGCCUGUUCCAGAUAUAAUAUUGGCAACAUGAUCUUAAAACGGCAAAGCAGCCUUUGUGUCGUUAUCCAGAGCCAUUAUGCACCGCUAUACUGUGAGCCAUGAAAGCCUGUUAAGUGAUCACAUAUUAAUUUACCUGAUUAAUGAUACUCUAGUCUGGGGGGGGGGGCAGGUCUCGUUAAAACCAAGACAGGUCCAGUUGUGGGAUGGUCAUUGAUCUCUUUUUAAUAGUUUUUGGACAAUAAUGGAGAUCUACAUUUCCGGUUAAAACAUCGUUGGUUUUGGUGUUUUCAAGGGACUUGUUGACAAUAAGAAAAAUAUAAAAUAACACACAACUUACCUUUUUACACAGUUUUGAACCACACAAGUUUGACAUUUUGGGAAAUAUACUCAUUGGCUUUCUAGUGGAGAGUUAGAUUGGAAGAUCCAUAUCCAGAUCCAUAACAUCAUAUCUGUCUGUAAAAUGUGGGGCUACACCCAGCAGCCAAGCUUAGCACGAGGCUGGAAACAGGAUGAAACAGCCUGGCUCCGUCAAAGGUGCUGGUGGGCACGUCUGCUGGCUGUAGUCUUAUUUAUAAGGAUGUGGUAUUAAUUUUCUCUUCUAACUCUUAGCCAAAUAUGCAUUUCCCCCCAAAUGUCAAGCCAUUCCUUUAACAGUGCAGUGUCACUGAACCAUUCAGUGGUUCAAUCAUGCCAAGCCUUUGUCAGUAUUUAUUGAAAAUAUAUACGCUUUGUUACCAGUGCUUUACUUCUUCCGUGACCCCUUUUAAACAUGAAGAACUUUUUCAUUAUGCUUAAGAAGUUGUAUCAAGUGGAUUUUUCAAUUCACCAUUUUUAGCUUGAUAGACUGUAUAUAUCAGUUUUAAAAAGCCAAACUUGGAUGGCGACUGAAGUAGUGUGUCCAAGUAUAAAGCCUGUAACUCUGCUCAGCCCUUAGUCCUCCUCAAAUCCAACCCAAACCGUCCUCUUAAGGACAGGCCUUUCCUGACUUGAAUGAACGUGUCUGUGUCUGCUCUGAUUUCUGUUCAGUGCAGUGAAGACUUUUUGUAAAUGUCGAGGAAUUGUCGGGAAGAGAGGCUUCGCUUCAGAAUAAUGAUUGUCUGUCGAGUACUGUUCAUCCCAGCGGUACCUGAAUGAAGUUCUGUUGACUGCACACUGGUCACUGCAGACUGCUGGUUUAUUCCACUCCAAAUUCCCAUCUAUGCUGCGGGAUUUUCUAUGACACAAUAUAAAAACAAAGGCCUCUAUUUUUUAGUCUUCAGUGGGGACCUGAACAAGUCCAACUUUAUAUUUAUCUCUCUUUACUGAACUUGAGUGAACCUGAGCACCUGUGUCUCUGAUGUCUUUCGUAACUGCUGUUGGACUCUAAAGAAUGUAUCAUUUCAUUGUUUACCCUAUUUUACUGCAGGAUAUGAUACUGGACAGACAGGUCAGAUAUCCUGUGGUAGUACGGAGAGUAUGAGGAAUGCUGGUUGAUUUUAAGCUGCAGUGUCAGGUUUCUGUUGUUCUUCGUGAGCUGAAUGUGUCACGCUGCUAUCCUCACGUGCUUCCUUCUUAUAGAAGUUUUGUCAUAAACCGCUGCUACAUGUUAUGUGCCAUUAGAGAUGUGUCCACAAGUAAUUCCUGCCUAAUGAUUUGAUGUGUUUCCAUUUCAAAUCAGUUUACUCAUUCCUAGCUUUACACAUGUUGUGCUUUUACCUUUACCUUAUUCAGAAAGCAGUCCCAUAUCUGCAGAAUGUAUGUCCUUACUUGCUUUGUGGUGUACAGAGGUGUGUUAAAAUGCCUUAAUGGUUUUUCCUUGCUGUUGUAAAUAUCACGGCCCACAGUGGUAUACACGUUGGAAGAGAGCAGAUUUAUCGGUGUGUCUGGAUGCAUUUUUAAUGAUGUGACAUGGGAUUGGUGCAACCAACUGCUCUGGAGUUAUAGUGCACUACUGCAUCAGGAAUCUCUGGGAUUACUAUAGCAGGGGAGUUAGGGAAAAUUAAACAUAGUUUUUCAAUAACCUUA